CUGUACCUUAUCCUUCCUCCCCAACCCCCCUGUAUUUACAAACCAUCGCUUUUUCGUUUCUAGAGAGAGAAAGAGAGGGGGAGAGAGAACCGUCGCAAUGGAGAACACCACCACCACCUCCGCCGCCAACCACCAACCCUCCGCCGCUACCGCAACGCCACCGCAACCCUCCCCAUUCCCACCACCACAACAACCCUAUCAACACCUCCUCCAACAGCAACACCAACAGCUACAAAUGUUCUGGAAUUACCAACGCCAAGAAAUCGAACAAGUUAAUGAUUUCAAGAACCACCAGCUCCCUCUUGCACGCAUAAAGAAGAUCAUGAAAGCCGAUGAAGAUGUACGGAUGAUCUCUGCGGAAGCACCGAUCCUGUUUGCGAAAGCAUGUGAGCUUUUCAUCCUCGAACUCACAAUCCGUUCAUGGCUCCACGCCGAAGAGAACAAACGCAGAACCCUACAGAAAAACGACAUCGCCGCCGCAAUCACGCGAACCGACAUUUUCGAUUUCCUCGUCGACAUUGUGCCGCGCGAUGAGAUUAAGGAUGAUGUUUCCGCCGCCGGUACUGGGUUGGGAGGGAUUGUGGGCACCGCCGGUGGUCUUCCAUAUUAUUACCCUCCGAUGGGGCAGCCUGCACCGCCGCCUCCAGGUGUCACGAUGGGACGACCGGCUAUGGAUCCUACCGGAAUGUAUGGUCCUCCGUCGCAAGCAUGGCAGUCUGUGUGGCAGACCACCGAUGAUGGGUCAUAUGGAAGCGGAGGGAGUGCUGGACAAGGGGGCAUCGACGGCCAAGGGUAAAUGCUGAAUGUUGGAGGACUUUCUGGGUGGUGGGGUUGAAGCAGCCUGCUGGUGAAGAAAGAUGAGAUUGGUGGAAAAUUGUGAUAUGAAGUUGAGGUUGCUGCCUAUAAAUAUUACGUAGUGUAAUGAGAAAAAAAGAAAAAGAAAAAGAAAAACAAGUUUGAAUGAUUGGAUAUGCAGUUAGAGUGUUAGGAGAUCUCUUGUAUAAAAACAACCCUUCAAAGAUCAAAUGCAGUUGGAAUUUGCAGCAA